AUGGGUUCUUGGAAAGCUCUUCUCUUCUCCCCUUUUCUUCUGUGGAAUCAAAGGAGAGGGGUGAGGUUGAUGUUCCUGUUACUGACCGUGCAUCUGGGAAACUGUGUUGAUAAAGCAGAUGAUGAAGAUGAUGAGGACUUAACAGUGAACAAAACUUGGGUCUUGGCACCAAAGAUUCAUGAAGGAGAUAUAACACAAAUUCUCAACUCCUUGCUUCAAGGCUAUGACAAUAAACUUCGCCCAGAUAUAGGAGUGAGGCCCACAGUAAUUGAAACUGAUGUUUAUGUAAACAGCAUUGGACCAGUUGAUCCCAUAAAUAUGGAAUAUACAAUAGAUAUAAUUUUUGCCCAAACCUGGUUUGAUAGUCGUCUGAAAUUCAAUAGUACCAUGAAAGUGCUCAUGCUUAACAGUAAUAUGGUUGGGAAAAUUUGGAUUCCUGACACUUUCUUCAGAAACUCAAGAAAAUCUGAUGCUCAUUGGAUAACAACUCCUAACCGUCUUCUUCGAAUAUGGAAUGAUGGACGAGUUCUAUAUACUCUAAGACUGACAAUUAAUGCAGAAUGUUACCUUCAGCUUCAUAACUUUCCUAUGGAUGAACAUUCAUGUCCAUUGGAAUUUUCAAGUUAUGGAUACCCUAAAAAUGAAAUUGAGUAUAAGUGGAAAAAGCCUUCUGUAGAAGUGGCUGAUCCUAAAUACUGGAGAUUAUAUCAGUUUGCAUUUGUAGGUUUACGGAACACAACUGAAAUCUCUCACACAAUCUCUGGGGACUAUAUUAUCAUGACAAUUUUCUUUGACUUGAGCAGACGAAUGGGAUAUUUCACUAUUCAGACGUACAUUCCAUGUAUUCUGACAGUUGUACUUUCUUGGGUAUCUUUUUGGAUCAAUAAAGAUGCAGUACCUGCAAGAACAUCACUGGGUAUCACCACAGUGCUGACUAUGACAACUCUGAGUACAAUUGCCAGGAAGUCCUUACCUAAGGUUUCUUAUGUGACUGCGAUGGAUCUCUUUGUUUCUGUUUGUUUCAUUUUUGUUUUUGCAGCUUUGAUGGAGUAUGGCACCUUGCAUUAUUUUACCAGCAACAAAAAAGUUAAGACUACUAGAGAAAAAAAGCCAAAAAUCAAGACCUCGGUGUCCUCUGGACUCCAUCCUGGAUCCACUCUGAUUCCAAUGAAUAGCCUUUCUCUGCCACAAGGAGAAGAUGAUUAUGGCUACCAGUGUUUGGAGGGCAAAGAUUGUGCCAGCUUCUUCUGUUGCUUUGAAGACUGCAGAACAGGAUCAUGGAGGGAAGGGAGGAUACACAUACGCAUUGCCAAAAUUGAUUCCUAUUCUCGAAUAUUUUUCCCAACAGCUUUUGCCCUGUUCAAUCUGGUUUAUUGGGUUGGCUAUCUUUACUUAUAA